AUCAAGACUGUAGGACCAACAGUUCCAUCAAUGUACUUAGACAAGCGGUUGGAGAAUGACAAAGACUAUGGCCUUAAUCUCUUCAAGCCCAAUGUCGAAGCUUGCAUGAAAUGGCUAGACACACAAAAAAAAAGCUCGGUUGUUUAUGUAUCCUUCGGGAGCUUAGCCACUGCAGGACAAGAGCAAAUGGAGGAACUAGCAUGGGGCUUGAAGAACAGUAACACAAACUUCUUGUUGAUAGUCAGAGCUUCAGAAGAGAGUAAGCUACCGAACAAUUUCAUAGCUGAGACAUUAGAGAAAGGUCUUGUUGUGAAUUGGUGUCCUCAACUUGAAGUUUUGUCUCACCAAGCCGUGGGGUGUUUCAUGACUCACUGUGGAUGGAACUCGACUCUGGAGGCAUUGAGUUUAGGGGUGCCAAUGGUGGAAAUGCCGCAAUGGACUAACCAAACGACGAAUGCAAAGUAUAUUGUGGAUGUCUGGCACACAGGGGUUCGGAUUAAGGUCAAUGGCAAGGGAAUUCUUACUAGAGAAAAGAUAGAGAGGAGUAUAAAAGAUGUGAUGGAGGGGGAGAGAGGGAAUGAGAUUAGAAGGAAUGCUAUCAAGUGGAAACAAUUUGCUAAAGAGGCAGUAGACAAAGAUGGAAGCUCUGAUAAGAGCAUUAAGGAAUUUGUUUCAAAACUUGUAGCACCUAGCAAAGAUGUAUGAGUUUUCACAUUUCAAACUUUGGCUCAAUUAGGGGAAAGAAGAGUAUAACACAGGUGUGAGACUAAGAAGCUAGCUAAAAUGCUCAGUGAGUCCCUUUUUAAAACACAAGUAAGGUUUAACUUGCAUAGGCAUUAUUUCUGCUAAAUUAAAAGUUGUUCUCUAGUUCUCAAUG